CGUUAUCGGAAGCAGAGGAUAGGACGGCCUGCAGCAGAGAGCUCAGUCACAUCGGGCAAUAGAUCCUGUCCUGCAACGAAUUCCAGUGCAACGAAAUGCAAAUAAACGAAAGCAUGGCGCCCAAGUAGAACAUUCCACCAGCGCCCGACAGCAAGCCAACAAGCUCCAGCUCCAGCUGUGUUUCUCUCUCUAUCUCUACUAGCUGUUUCCACUUAGAAUCCAAAAACCCGCCAGUUCCGACGUUCCGGGAUCGGGAUGACGGAGCAGAAGAACCAGGUGACGCGCGCUGCGCCGGAGCAGAGCAACGACUACCGGGUGGUGGUCUUUGGCGCCGGAGGCGUGGGCAAGAGCUCCCUAGUGUUACGUUUCAUCAAGGGUACCUUUCGCGAGAGCUAUAUACCGACCAUCGAGGACACCUACAGGCAGGUCAUCAGCUGCAAUAAGAACAUCUGCACGCUGCAGAUCACGGACACCACCGGAUCGCAUCAGUUCCCGGCAAUGCAGCGGUUGUCCAUCUCAAAAGGUCAUGCCUUCAUAAUGGUAUACUCGGUAUGCUCCAAGCAGAGUCUGGAGGAGCUACGACCCAUCUGGGCGCUCAUCAAGGAGUUAAAGGGAGCGGACAUACCGAACAUACCCGUCAUGUUGGUGGGCAACAAGUGUGAUGAGACCGCCGAAUUGCGUGAGGUCUCCCAGAUCGAGGGUCAGGCACAGGCCACCACUUGGAGCAUAUCCUUCAUGGAGACGUCUGCCAAGACGAAUCACAAUGUAACCGAGCUGUUCCAGGAGCUGCUCAACAUGGAGAAGACCCGCACCGUUUCCCUUCAGUUGGAUACCAAGAAGCAGAAGAAACAAAAGAAGGAGAAAAAGUCCAAGGAUACGAACGGCUCCAUUCCGGAGAAUGGAGAUGCCAGUGCCAGUGCCAGCGGAGGGGCCAAGGAGAAGUGUCGCGUUAUGUAAGCAUCGGAUGGCAUGCGGCCCGGGUCGCAUUGCGUCGAGUUUAAUUGAAGGGAGACGGUGACAGACAAAUACUCGCCUUGGGGCAGCAGCGUAAAGGGGAGCUGUUUCCACCCACAAGCGCCAUGCGCCACACACCACGCACCACGCACCAUACACCACAUAUACCCAUACCCAGUGCCCACAUCUAGAGUUACAGCCACACAAGACAUGUAUUUAAGAACUGAUGUAAGUCACACCACGAUUGCAAUUACGAUUACGAGUAUAUUUUGCAUAUAUAUGUAGGUUCUAUUCGAGCAGAUCAGAUCCUUCUAGUCGCACAGAGUACACAAGAUACAAGAAUACGAUACAUACUUUAAUAUAUGGGACACACCACAAAGCUAACUAACCCUAAGUUUACACAUAAUCGCAUCUGAAACGUAACGGCAUACAUAUCAAAUGUUUACAUACUUGCAUGAUCCACCAACCAUUCAUAACCAGGUAUCAAAUGAAAAGCUAUACACUACUAUAAAUAUAUCUCUAACGAAAGCCAAAGUACCUACUUAAAGACAUAGAAUCUGUAUCGACUACGAUACGAAUACAAUAUUUACAUUGGAUCCAUCAACGGAAGACUUCUUGUGGGGCAACUGAGCACGCACUGAUGCCGAUGCCUCCCCCGACUAUCAUUGCUGUUUAACUAUUUACCACCUAACCAGAAUAAUACAGACGAAACUAUAGAUGAGCCCCCGAUCGCCACAUAUGUAAGCUAAUGUAUAAAAUACUCAUAGCCAUGCCCACAUCGAAGAUCCGCAGAACAUAAAACUCCUUCAAGACGAUGGCAGUGUAUGUAUUUGUAUUAUAUUAAAUGUGUAUGUACAAUUUUACACCUAUUUUGCUGAAAUUCAUUGACGAAACACACAGAGAGAGAGAGACAGAGAGAGGAAAUCAUUUUAGUGGCAACAAAAAAUAUAUAAAGAACCGAAUCGAGUUCAAGUACAAUUCCAUUCAUCAAGUGAGCCAAGGAACACACGUACAUCGAAGGAUAUUUGAAGAGCAUUUGGUGCAUUUUUGCAGUAGCAUGUAGAAGUAUAUAAGUUGCCUGUUUUUAAAACACACACAUAAGUAUCUUACGUAUGUAUAACAAGAA